AUGGAUCAACAUGAUGACUUUGACAACGUCUCCUGGCGCAAUGACGCCGCGAGCGAUGCUUCGCGACCGACUACUUCGGGCACAGAUGCAGAGGAGCCUCGCGAAUAUGAACACGACACCAAUGGCAAGCGCAGAAUGAGCUCCGCGCACGAAGAGCCCCAAGCAGGUCCAUUAGCCGACGCUGUGGAUUUGGCUGGUAUCGGAGACGGUGUCCUUGAAUGCCGCGUUGACUCUCCACUGAAGGAGAAUGAUGGCACUAAAGAUGCCUACAUCUCAUACCUUGUCACAACACAUACCGAUUUCAAGUCAUUUCAGAAGCCUGAAUUUAGCGUCCGCCGCAGAUUUACCGAUUUCUAUUUUCUGUACAAGACGCUUUAUCGUGAAUACCCAGCAUGUGCCGUCCCGCCUCUUCCGGAUAAGCACAAGAUGGAGUAUGUGCGAGGCGAUCGAUUCGGACCGGAGUUCACCACUAGGCGAUCAUGGUCGCUACACCGAUUCCUGAAGCGCUUGACCCUCCAUCCAGUGCUGCGACGGGCGCCCCUCCUCAUCAUUUUCCUAGAAUCGCCCGAUUGGAAUGCACACAUUCGGCUUCACUCGUCUCGGGGCACAACAAGUUCCACGACCGAGAUUUCCGGGUCUGGAAUCUUUGACAACUUCACAGACAGCUUUGUCAAUGCAUUCACCAAGGUCCACAAGCCCGACAGGCGAUUUAUUGAAGUCAAGGAGAAAGCGGAUAAGCUGGACGAAGAUUUAUCGCACGUGGAAAAGACAGUGGCUCGGGUCGCCCGCCGCGAGUCAGACCUGGAAUCAGACUACACCGACCUCGCGACACAGUUCCGCAAGCUUGUCCCUCUUGAACCAGCGGUCGAGAUGCCUUUGCAGGUCUUCGCAGCCUCGGUUGAAGAAACUGCACGGGGACUGCAUGAUUUGAAAGACCACACGGAUCAAAAUUAUCUGGGCUCCUUGCGUGAUAUGGAAGCCUAUAUACUGUCCGUAAAAGCGCUGUUGAAGACGAGAGAGCAGAAGCAGCUCGAUUUUGAAGCCCUUGUUGACUACCGGAACAAGGCUGUCACUGAGCGCGACUCACUUGCAAACAAUCCCAGCGCGUACUACGCCUCAAAUCCUCUGACAUCAUCGCCGGCUUCUUUCAUUCGUUCGAAAAUGGAAGAUAUGCGCGGUGUCGAUCACGAGCAGUCCCGUCGCGAGCGUGUUCGUAAACUCGAACUACGAAUCGAUGAACUCACCCGUGAGGUUGAGUCGGCGAGAACCACCUCGGAGAUGUUUGAUGAAGAAGUCGUUCGUGAAGUCGCCGACUUCGAGCGAAUCAAAGCCGUUGAAUUCCGCGAUUCCCUGGGAUCUCUCGCGGAUGCCCACAUCAACUUCUAUCAAAGUGUGUUGACCACAUGGGAGCGAUUCGUGGCGGAAAUGGAGAGUGAUGCUGAGGCUGGCGUGGAGGCGGCGUCAGAAGCCGCUGCCUCGCGAGUGGCCUGA